AUGCUUUUUAUACAUUUAAGUGGUAACACAGCACGCGCAUCCGAGCCGGCUGUUGACGAAAUGAGAAUCACAUGCAGGAGUAAGGUUGCUCAUGGCUUCUGCAUCUUUCCGUCAAUAAUGCAAGUGAGAUUGCCACUUGCCAGCCACCGCGGUUAUUUAAGUGAAGUCCUUCUAGCCUCGCAUUCCCCUCUUCUACUCGCACUUCUCGAUAUGGAUCCCCAUAGCCCCCACAGCACGUUGGAAGUCGACCAUAGCGACUACCAGCCAGAAGUUAUCAGAAACGAACCAGAACGGCCCCUUGCCGAAUCGAACAAUCUCCCCGAAGUCGUUACUCAACGAUCUAAAAUGCUAGGCUCUGGAGAAAAGGCUCCUAGCGGGUUCCAUGGGUGGAAAAGGGGUAGGAUAACUGCUGUUAUUCUUACAUUGCUGAUCGCAAUUGGUGUAGGCGUUGGUGUCGGCGUUGGUGUUGGCAUGUCGCGGCACCAUGAAGGAGCAGCCUCUAUCACUACUGCCUUCCUCCCAAACACAAGACUCGCUGCUGUAAACUACACAGAUUCCAAGGACGCUCUGCAUCAUCUGGUCUUUUAUCAGAAAGACACAUUGGCGAUUUGGCAAGCCGACUUUGAUAAUUCCUCCGGUAAAUGGGUUUUGUCCGAGAUACAAACAACCUUUACUCCGAAGAGGGAAACUCCGAUAGCGGUUGACGUUCAAGAACCUCGAGAAAUACACCUCUACUUCCUUGACAAGGGAAACAAUAUCCGCCAGCUAAAAUACUCCGACAAAUGGUCACUAGGCCCAAUCGACAAGAUUUUCGUCGCGCAUGAAGACUCGAAACUAGCCUCCUACAGUAAACAGUGCUCUAUAUGUAGGGAGGCAAACUAUCUGGUUUACCAGAGAACAAGCGGCAACGGAUCUCUUGAGAUUGUUCAAUAUACCCUCGAUGGAGUUUAUAACUCUUCAUCUGUGUUUUUCAGUAGAGAAAAAACCCCAAAUGUUGAUAACGCCGAUUUUACCAUGGCCACUCUACUUGGAGCAGACAACAAAGAACCCACAGUUUCUUUAUUUGUCAAUACCGGGGUAUUGGAGCAAUUCCUCUACAUUGAUUACAAGUUCCAGGAUUGGAAUCUAAGUAGGUCUAUCAGUUCAAGGUAUCAUCAGAAUACUAACCGUUUAGGUGACCGUACGAAGAUAGACAUGAACAAAGACAGUUCCAUAACUGCACUCACACAAUCAGAAGAAGGCAAACGUCUCAUACAAGUUUUAACAACCGGCGAGAAUGGUGGCGUUACCGUUGCACGAUAUUACGGUGUAGAUUCUGAUUGGGAAAGCAUCAAGGUUCAAUCUAUGAACAAGGUUCGAGCACUGUCACCAAUUUCAGCAAACCAAGCCGGAAGAGUUUACGCGUUUGUUGGUACCCAACUGUAUGAAUGGUAUCGAGUCGAAGACUGUGGCGGCAGUAUUUGUAGAUUUGAAGAAAUUGGAAUUGUUGACAUAUAGGUACAACGCCAACUUAAAAUUCAUGGUAUCUUUUAACUGCCCAACGCCUGACCCAUCCUGCUAAUUCCCUGAUGCAAUUCCACACAACACCUCUUUAAUAACCUGGCAAACCUUUCUCGCCCACCCCUCUUCAUCUCUAACACCCAACACGUUCUGCUGCCACGUGAGAGCCACGA